AUGGCAGAAUCCGAAAUCCAAUCCCGCUUCUCACCAAACACCCCCCUCGAACCCGAUAUCCUCAGCGAAAUCCAUUCCAUUCUCCGCCUGCACGACCUCUCUGUUGAGGAUUUCUUCUUCAAAUGGGAGUCCUACUGUAUAAAGAUGGAUCUAGAUGCGCAGGCUGGGCUAUCACUAUCCAGCUUGCGCAGCCUAAAGCAGAAUCUUCAAGAUGAGCUAGAGAAGAGCCGUCGCGCAGCGCAGGUCCGCAACGAGCGCAAGGUGGUGAAUGCCACGCCAAAGGCUAACUCUGGUGGAGAUGUUUUCGGCAUGUUGGACGGACUGGUGCCUAGCACGCCGGCGACGGGGAGGCUGAAUCGAAAUGCUGGUGGGAGCGCAUUGAAAAGGAAGAUGGAUGGUUUGAAGAUGGGAAGUUCACCAGGCAUGAGUGACCAACUAAAAUCUAUGAAUGGGCUGCCGGCAACUUCGUUUGCGGACCGUGUAAACCCAGGGGACGUGGUUGAAGUGCUGAACAGCCAUCUUCAACCUGCUGAAGCACCUAUCGCGCCGUUCUCCGAGCCGAGAAUCAAGCUGACUGCCGCGUCGGACCAGAAGAAGAUGGCGUAUAAGCCGUUGGCUAUGAAACUCUCUGAAGCGAGUGAGAUUCUGGACGACCGCAUCGACGACUUCAUGGCGAUUGUGCAAGACCACCACAAGCUAGACGACUCGGCAUUUGGAAGCGCCGCGAGCCAGAGCACCACCGAAAUAGUGGCCGUGGGAAGAAUCGCCUCUGACUCAAUGGAGGGCAAACUAAACGCCGCAUCUCUUGUCCUCGAAACAUCUCGCCGAACUGGCAUGGGUCUACGAGUACCACUCAAGAUGGAGAAGAUUCGUUCAUGGAGCUUCUUCCCCGGCCAAAUCGUCGCCCUGCGCGGUAACAACGCCACUGGCAACGAAUUUGUCGUCAACGAGAUCCUCGAGAUUCCUCUGCUCCCCAACGCCGCGUCGUCGUCUUCCGCUCUCGAAGCCCACCGGGAGAAAUUCAAAGGCGGACCAGACGCCAUGGAUGCCGCGGACUCGUAUGCCGAUGCGCUCAUCCUCACCGGCCCGUUCAUCGACAUUGACCACCCCCUAAUUGCCACGGGGGACUUUGACCUCCCUGAAGAAGCUACACAAGACCCUGACACAGCUACAAUGUCCACCGUGUUCAAAUACCUCUUUGCCACGGCAUUGAACCGUGCGUGUUCUGCAAAUCCCCAUCUUACGAUUGUUCUAGUGCCCUCCGUACGAGACAUUCUCGACAAGCACGUUUCCUGGCCGCAGGACAGCAUGCCCCGCAAGGACCUGGGCUUGCCAAAAUCCGCGAAAAUCGUAUCAAACCCCAUGACACUAUCGAUGAACGAAAUGGUCAUUGGAAUCUCGUCACAAGAUAUCCUGUACGAGUUGAGGACCGAGGAACUAGCCAAGACGAGUGGUGAUUUGAUGGGCAGGCUGGUGCGAUAUCUCGUCGAGCAGAGACACUACUUCCCCUUGUUUCCUACCACUGAGAGAGGGAAAUUACCAAAGACUGGUACGGAAGAAGGGAUUGCGACGGGCGCAGUUGUAGAUGUUAGUUAUUUGAGACUAGGGGAGAUGGUUAAUGUCCGACCGGACGUUGUGCUUGUUCCGAGCUCUUUGCCGCCCUUUGUAAAGGUUGUUGAGAGUGUAUUGGCCAUCAAUCCUGGUCCGUUGUCGAAACGGAAAGGGGCAGGGACGUAUGCCAGGAUGACGUUAUACCCGCCUACCGUUGAUGGGGGGGACAUGCAAAGUCACAGAAUCUUUGAUAGGGCGAGGGUGGAAAUUGUUAGGAUAUAA